AGCUCCCCCACCAGUGCACGAGUUUACCUCUAGAGGUCAUCAGGCAGGAUUUACGACUGGACAACAAAAGCACGUGAUGUGAAGCCGUACCCCAUAUUUGGGUGCCUACGUAGGAGGGAACCAAGUACAUGUCCCAGUCAUUUCCAUAAUUCAUCAUAAAUUGUGCAAGGGUGCUAUAGACGCACAAAACGACCAAGAGCCACAAAUCAAGCACACAUAUCAAAAAACAAAUGAGCUCUUAUUUUGUAAACUCAUUUUGCGGUCGCUAUCCAAAUGGCCCGGACUACCAGUUACAUAAUUAUGGAGAUCACAGCUCGGUGAGCGAGCAAUACAGGGACUCCGCCAGCAUGCACUCCGGCAGGUACGGAUACGGCUACAAUGGCAUGGACCUCAGCGUCGGGCGCUCUGCUUCCACCCACUUUGGUGCCAAUGAGAGACCCCGCAGUUACCCGGCCAACACCACCUCUGCCUCGACAGAGCCCAGGUACAACCAGCCCGCCGCGGCUUCCCACUCGCCUCCCCCUGACCCUCUGCCCUGCACCGCCGUGGCCGGUUCGCCCGUCAGCGAGAGUCACCACGGGGUGAAAAACUCCCUCGCCAACUCCACCAGCACUUCGUCCAAUUCCAGCAGCAACACGCACAUCAGCAGGGACGGGGUUGGCACCUCGUCUGGGACUGAGGAAGACACUCCAGCAAGCAGCGAGCAGGCAAGUGCCCCGACCGACCAAAGCACAGCCCAGCCUUCACAGCCCCAGAUCUACCCCUGGAUGCGAAAACUGCACAUAAGUCAUGACAACAUAGGGGGACCAGAAGGGAAAAGGGCUCGGACUGCUUACACCCGCUAUCAGACCUUGGAGCUGGAAAAGGAAUUUCACUUCAAUAGAUACCUGACCCGCAGAAGAAGGAUUGAAAUAGCACAUGCUCUUUGCCUCUCAGAGAGACAAAUAAAGAUCUGGUUCCAAAACAGGAGAAUGAAAUGGAAAAAGGAUAAUAAGCUGAAAAGUAUGAGCAUGGCAGCUGCAGGAGGGGCAUUCCGUCCCUAAGCGUUUGAUCAAUUAAAAGUACUGAGCAGUAUUAGCUGACCCUGCGUCUCAUGUCAGUACUAAGUUGACUUUCUAAAACUUCCUUGUGUUACUUCUGUGAAGAAACCCUGUUCUUGUCGCCCUUAUUCAUCUUUUAAUCAUGAGCCUGUUUAUUACCAUUCUUUCGCGUGUAUAAGUAGAUCUGCUUUUAUCGUACAUUUCUUUGUCUUGAAUGGCUUUGUCUUGAAAAAAUAAUAGAUGUUUUAACUUAUUUAUAUGAAGCGAGCUGUGUUACUUGAAGUAACUGUUAAAACAAAACAAAACUAAACAAAAAAGAACAAAAAAAAAAGAAGGUAAAAAAAAAAAGGAGAGAGAGAAAGAAACCCUCCCCCGGUUUAGUACAAAUGUUAUGUGUUGCACUCAACCUGCUUAACUGUGCAUGUGUGGUCAAGUGUUAAUGUCUGUAUAGCUCCAAGCUGUUAAAAAUAUUUUUAUUCAAACUACCUAUAUAAUUCCUGUGUAAUUAAUGCUGUUGUAGAGGUGAAAUGAUGAAAUCAACUGAACUUGUCCUACGUGUAGUGAAUAGUGAAUCUGUGACGAAAACUGUGAUUCCAAGCAGUAUGUCCUUGCUGUGCCUUUGUAUAUGACUCUUUGCACGAACUCUUAGAAGUGGCUCUUAUUAAGCGCAGCUUCUGUGAUGUAUGUUUUUUGUGAACAAAGUUACAAAUAUAGUCAAAGUCUGGCUGUUUGAGCAAACUGUGAUCAGCUUUUUUUUUUUUUUUUUUGUAUUUGUUUUUAAAAAAAACCUGACUGGAAAUCAACAAAAAAAAAAUAAACUUUCUAUUGUAAAGUUUUCGUGAUCUGGUUUGUGCAAAGCAAGAAGUUGUGCUUCCUGAUUUGCCUCUGAAAAAAAAAAAAAAAAAUUAACCCGUGCAGAGUUUGUAAUAAUAUUUUACCUGGCUCCUGCAAAUGGCAGACGCUGCGGUUGUCCGCUACCAGUAUUUUUAAUUGAAAGUUUGACCAUGAGUUCCUCCUUCCUAGUUUCUCGCUAGGUGAAAAGCUGCAUCGUAGGACCACAAUCAACACCCUUUGUGGGUGAAUCAACUGUUAGCUGUUUGCUGAUGGUUGGAAAAAAAAAAAACCAAAACCAAAACAAAAAACCCAAAACAUGUGCUUUGUUAAAACACGCUGCUAACUCCAAGACGUGUUUGCAUCGCUCUAGAAUUUCUCUGUGGUUUCAUUAAGUAUAUUUACAGGACAGCCACGUCCGAGCCCUCUGCGUCUAUUAGUAACCCUCGCUAGCCACAUUCCCACUUUUCACCCUUUAAAGAUUUUUGGUUUUCUGCGCUACAAUUAGUUUGCUAUAAACGUAAUGUUACUUACCCCGUCAGAGCUUGAAUGGUUAACUCUUCUGAGCUUCUAAGAGCAACUAAAGAUUUGCACAUUUACUGACUGGUUACAUUGAUGCCUUCCCUUAAAAGUUAUAAAACAGUAAACUUUAUAAGCCCCAGUUCCGGCUAUAUGACAUUUGGGUGCCAAAUGAAUAGGGUUUUGUCUAUGAAUUAGAUCGUAAAAUCAUCCAUAGCACAGACAGAUAGGCUCACUGGCUAUAAAAAGUCACGUGGUGCCAUUAAAGUAAGUUUUAUGGUUUUGGGGAGUUGACAUCCAACAUUAUAUACCACAUAACAUAUAAUCUCACUGACGCUGGACUUCAUUUGACUCUUUUGCAGGCUACGUGUGCCUCCUGGCCAUUCAAAUUGUCAGGUUUAGGGACAGAAGUAUCCAAACCACAAGUUCUCAAUACUGUAUGAAAAAUGGCUCCUUGCAAGUCAAAGCGGUUCUGAAAGGCAUUCUCUUGGAAAAGUCUGUGAAGACGCAAAGGAUUUUCCUGGAAAAAAAAAAAAAAAAAAAAAAAAAA